AUGUCGGAUGCAGUGAAGGAGGCGCACCAGCAAGAAGAGGUCUAUCUAUCGACCAGCGUUCCUCAAGCNAAGGCAGAACCACGGGUCGCGACUGGUCGGCCGAGGACCAGUGGGCUGCUACCUGGCGGCCAUCCUUCUGUAGCGGCAACGUGCCCCACAACGAUGCAAGUGCAGGCGAAGCCGAAGCUGCGCCGCCCCGAGAAAAGCGGCCGCGGGUCUGUCAACAUGCUGCGGAAUCCACCGGAGAUGCACCGCCUGGAAAGCGCCGCGGAGCACGUCCUGGAGCAGGCAGACCAAAGGGAAGCUACGGCAGGAAGAGGCUUCGCCAAGCUGCGCAACAGCUCAAUUAUUAUCUCGAGCGAGGGAAGCUCCAGUGUGCGCAGAUGGUCCCGCGCGAUCUUCCUGGAGCGAUGUCGGAUGCAGGGUGUGGCCAGGAAGGAGGCUCUUCGCAAGCUGGCGAAGCAUCGAUCGCAGCUGAAAAAGGCGGCCGCAGCAUCUGCUGCAUGUAGAUCGGGCUGGGAGCGGGGGCAGAAUUAUUUCCGCGCCGUCAUCAAGGAAUGCCAAUCCGCCGUAGCAGUCACAUCUGCUGGAAUGUAAGAGAUGUUGGGCUACACGAUGCAGUGUACAUGUAUGCAUGCGUUGAUCGCAGUUUUCGUGCCUCAAGCACUGCUGUUGGUUGUAAUACUGUGCGGUUGUCGCUAUGUUGCUCCUGCUGCUGCCGUAUGUAUUUGAUGUGGCGCCACCCAUGUACAAAUCUAUUGGUUUGAAAAACGAGUGAUGUACUGCUGUAGCCUUCUUUCCAUCUUCCAUGAUUUUACAUCAAUAUUAUUGAAUUCUCCUUAAAUUCCUAAAACCAGCAAGCUGUCAAUAGACACUGCGCCGUGUCCCCUGUGAAGGUCACAUCUUACAGUACACGACACUACGGAGGGAUUCUCCCCGAUAUUUUGUCGUUGACCCAGUAGAGAACUACAGGGGAUGUCUUGUAAAAUGUAGAUUUACCUAUACAGAUGUUUUUGUGCUUAGCACCAGCUGGCAUCACUGAUAAAUCAUCAGUGUAUAGACAAAUGAAGACUCGAAAUAAGUCCAGUACCCAGCCGGUUUUCCUCCACUUACUGAAAAGACUCCACCACAUCCCGUUCGACUGUGGAUAUUUCUCGAAUGGGUAGUCUUUCUGUGCGUGUAUUCAUUUCUCCUUAAUGUCUGGGUGAAGUUGCGCGCGACUGUUGGGCCGCAAGAACCACUCCGCCCCCACCCAUGUCUUUCAUCCCCGCUGCUUGUCCCGAUGAGCUCACCAUUGAUUUUGCCCCCUUUCCUACCUUACGUACAUGCAGGAGUCUGUUCUCGUCUCGCAUCAAGGCUGUUCAAGGCCUUGGCUCUGAAAGGACUACUGUACUACAUGCUGCUCAGGGGGGUUUCCAAGAGGCAAGCUUUCGAGGAAACGGCGGAGUUUUUGGAACGAUAAUUCUAUUUACGUCACCGGUGGCGUUAUUUCUUGUACGUCACCGCCCGUAUCUCAGCCCACAGAGCUUCAAUUGGCACAAAAUAAAUUGUGUUGUGUAGCCAUGACCCACACCAAUCAUACAAGCCUUUCGAGGGUCAAAUCCGAUGAGUGGUUGCGGAGAUAUGCUCAAAAGGGGACUCAGCGGUAUGAUAUACUGUAUCUGCCAUAAAUAAAACGACCGUGCCUCCUCGCAGAGAGUUCUCAUCGACACCAACUAUGUAACUCGCGUUGUGUUUCCACGAAUCACAGCCAUCACUUAAGCUAUUAUUGGUGUCGAUCGGAGCUCUCUGCGCGAAGUUACAGUUGGAUUCUUUUGUGGUAGAUGCAGUAUCACACUGCUGAGCCCCCUUUUGAGCAAAUCCCCGUAACCACUUAUCGGAUUUGACCGUCGAAAGGUUGUAUGAUUGGUGUGGGUCAUAGCUACACAACACAAUUUAUUUUGUGCCAAUUAAAGCUCUGUGGGCUGAGAUACGAGCGGUGACGUAGUGAAGAAAUAACGCCACCGGUGACGUAAAUAAAAUCCUCCUUUUUGGAAGUGUGGCAUGCAGCACCCUCCGUGAGGGGGAGCUUUCCUACCGCACCAAGGGCCAUGUCCAGGUAGCAGACACCAAAACGUGCGACUACGACCCCUUCAAGCACGCUCCUAUCACCAAGACGACGACUGAAGCGGCAUCAGGAGAGAUAGUGGUGUCGUACUCGGUGACCGUUCGCACGGCGCGCUCCUGGCUGCACAAGCUGUGAUGCGCAAGUCGGGCUUGUACUUUGAUGGCCAUGACCGCAACGACGUGCUCGCGUACCCGGUCGAGAAGUACCCCCCGGCGUACUUUGAGCACCGCGACCACAGUAGAGCUAGUGUGGGGUAGAUCCAAGUAUUGGGUCCGGCAGCACUNUAUCACCAAGACGACGACUGAAGCGGCAUCAGGAGAGAUAGUGGUGUCGUACUCGGUGACCGUUCGCACGGCGCGCUCCUGGCUGCACAAGCUGUGAUGCGCAAGUCGGGCUUGUACUUUGAUGGCCAUGACCGCAACGACGUGCUCGCGUACCCGGUCGAGAAGUACCCCCCGGCGUACUUUGAGCACCGCGACCACAGUAGAGCUAGUGUGGGGUAGAUCCAAGUAUUGGGUCCGGCAGCACUGACGGUGGCCAACUUUAACGAGGUGUACCGCGACGGACUCCAGGGCGCGGAAGCAGUACAGAAGGACACCUUUAGGUCUCACCACGUGCCGGCCCCGUCAGAGUACAUUAACCCUACGUGAUGUACACGUUUAUUUUAUUUUUUAUUUAUUUAUUUAUUUUUGCCUUGUUUUUGAUUUUUUUGCCUUCCGACAAUUAAUUGCAGAUGUACCUCAGAAAACUUUCACUUAAUGUCUCAUACUCUACAUGAAUAUUAAACCAAUACGAAGUACAACAACGUAUAUGUGUAGGACUUAUUUCUACUGUCACUUACAUCGUAAAAAUAUCUCCUCUUCCAUUUGAAAUAAAACCAAUGACAAUCCUCAUGGUAUUUAUUUAUUUAUUUUUUUUGCCUUCCGACAAUUGCAGAUGUACCUCAGAAAACUUUCACUUAAUGUCUCAUACUCUACAUGAAUAUUAAACCAAUACGAAGUACAACAACAUAUGUAGGACUUAUUUCUACUGUCAUUUACAUCGUAAAAGUAUCUCCUCUUCAACUUACCAAUGACAAUCCUGAUGGUAUCCUAUAUGCGUUCGUAAGCUUGCUAAAAUACUACUGCGUUGAUGUCCGCUUGUAAAAGCUGAAAUCCAACAAAUGCUUUGAUCCAUGCUACAUCUCCGUGUUGGAAAAGCCCUUUCAUCUCCGUUCAUGAUAACAUCUUACCCUAUUCUACGCAAAUCUGUCACAUCUCAAACAAGACGCCAACUUCAAACGAAAACGCGUUCUACGAUGCGUCUACACUCCAUCCCCAUAUCAUUGGCGUUGACUGGUCCGAGGUCGAUCUCGUUCGCCUGUUUUC